UGCUACAGCAGCCAAAUGUGCAGGUGGGAAUUGUGCAACUGUCAAAGAGAUGCGAGAAAUUGAGGCGUGUGCGACACAUAGUGUCGAAUCAGGCGUUGUGAAAUCGAAGUCCAUUUUGCCUCUGCCGGCGUGCGUCAGCUUGAAAUGGCUCGUCGUGACGUAGGCGGAAGCGCAGUGAACGUCUUUCUGCUCUGAGGAAAGGACACAUUUCUCGGAGAAGGCGGCAGAGUCGGUGGAGCGGAAGCGUCUGUAAGACUCAAAAUGGAUCGUGUCAAGUCCACAGUCAACAACAUGAUUAAAAGCGUCCAGUACAGCAGGUUCACCCUGCAGCGUGACGAGGAAGCAGACAGACAUGUAGAGAUUAAACUGUCUGACGAUCCCGCCGAUGACAACACGGAGGUCGGGCAGGGCGAAGGCUCUCCCAGUUUCCGGCCUGCGCUCCAGGGCAGCAGUCGACGCACGCAGUGCCUCCUGGUGGUGGGCUUCUUGCUCAUCUUCAUUGCUGGCUAUUUUGUCUCUUAUGCCAUCCACCAUCGGUCUGCUUUGGACUCCGUUAGCUGCGGGAAUCAGUCGGCGGCGGCAGGGGCAGUGGACCAGGUGGGGAAAGAGGUGACAGUGAAACCGCAAAAGCAAGAGGACGGGAAAGUGGAGGAUGCGCAUGACGGAGAACUUCAGCUAAACUGGCAGGGCAUUGUUCAGCUUCUCGACGACAAACUCACAAGCCAGGCUUUUGACGCACGUCUCAAGGCGUUCGAUGUGUCGUCACGCUUGGCGGGCAGCGAAGGGGACAUUCAUCAGGGGAACCUCAUUGCUGAUGAAUUCAAGAAACUGAUGCUGGAGAGCUGGACAGAUGUCCACUAUGUUCAGUUGCAGAAGCCUGACAGCAAACGUCCAAAUGUUAUUACCUUUGGUUCCCAAGUCUUCAAACCUACGGGUUACCUUGCGUACAGCAGUACCGGGAAGGUGGAGGGUAAGCUGGUUUACGGCUUUUAUGGCCGACCUCAGGAUCUGGACGCUCUGCAGAAGGAGAACGUCGAGGUGAAAGGCAGUGUGUUGCUGCUGCGAGCUGGAAAUCUCAGCUUUGCAGAGCAGGUGGCCAAUGCUGAAGCCAGGGGGGCCUCUGCUGUUCUCAUCUACCCUGACAUUGAAAAUUACAACUACGUUGCUGACACGGCACUUUAUGGCCAUGUUCAUCUGGGCUCAGGCGACCCGUACACUCCGGGAUUUCCUUCCUUCAACCAUACCCAGUUCCCACCGGUCCAGUCGUCCGCUCUGCCCAAAAUUCUGGCUCAGACCAUCACUGCCAACAUGGCCAAGACCCUCCAAGAUACAAUUGGCGGGCCGAAAAACCUGGGAGGUGUGGAGAACAUCACAGUGGAGGUCAACAACGUGCUUGUCAACACAGAGCUCCACAAUGUGUUUGGAGUCAUCAAAGGAUUUGUAGACCCCGACCAGUACGUUGUCCUGGGAGCCCAGAGGGAUGCUUGGGGUAAAGGCUACGCCAGAGCUGCCGUUGGUUCCUCCGUGCUGCUGGAGCUGGCCAAGGCCAUCAGUGAGAUGGUGAAGAAAGGUGGAUUCCGACCUCGGAGAAGCUUAGUGUUUGCCAGCUGGAGUGCUGGAGAGUAUGGAAGUGUCGGUGCCACCGAGUUUUUGGAGGGUUACCUGUCCUCACUGGACAAGAGGAUGUGCACGUAUAUAAGCCUAGAUGGGAUGGUCUGGGGUCGCGGGGGCUUUAUUGCCUCAGCAAGCCCUCUGCUGGAAAGCCUGCUGGAGAGCACAAUGAAGCAGGUGAAGAGUCCACUGGAUCGUGGCACCGUGUACGAUAUGGUGGGCGGCACCAAAUGGGAGGCCAAUGUACUGAGGCCCAUGUCCAUAGAUGACCCUGCAUAUCCCUUUUUGGCCUUUGCUGGGAUUCCUUCAAUCUCUUUCCACUUCAUCACUCCCAGAACUGAGGCCUACAUGUACUACGGCACCAGCAUGGACAACAUGGACCACCUGAAAUACAACACGGGCCAGCGCACCAGUGAGAUGACGGUUUUGGCCGCCCAGUUUGCUGGCCGCAUGGCCCUCCGCCUGGUCCACGACCGCCUGCUCAACCUGGACGUGAGACGAUACAGCCAGGUCGUGACCAAAGCGUUGAGAAAGGUCUCCAGACAUGUCUACCAGUUGAUCCAGAAUGGUCAGCUGAAAGACGUGGAUCCUGAUUGGCUGGCCAAUGCUCACGGCAGCUUCCAGCGAGCAGUGGCCAACUUAAACAUUGCCAUUGACCACACCGACUUAAGCGAAGACCAGGCCUGUCGCCUCCUCAACGAAAGACUCAUGAGCGUGGAGCAGAACCUCCUCUCGCCGUACGUGUCCAUCGUGGAGAACCCUUUCCGUCACAUCCUAAUGGGCCAAGGCCCCCACACUUUGGCGUCCAUCGCCGAGAUGACUGACCUGAAAGAGCUCCACACCCAGCUGGCCUACGCCACCUGGAACAUGAAGGGGUGUGCCAACGGCAUGAUGAGUGACAUCUGGGAAGACGACGACGAUUAAAUCUAGACCGUGAGCGCGAGCGCGUGUGCGUGUGCGUGUGCGUGUGUGUGUGUGUGUGUGCCAAACUAAAUGCAGGAGAAAAGUGAAAAGAAAAAUUUGAAAUAGAGCAGGAGGCCAUCCAGUAAAAAAAAAAAAAAAAAAAAAAGCACUUAAAGGCUUUCAAUCAGCGCUCUUAGUCCCGCCUCUUUAAAGGUACAAUUUGUAUUGAACACUCCGGACUUACUGGAAGAAUGAAGGAAAAGAUAACUUGUUUUUGUUACAAACUGUACCUUUUCAGAUGUGUUUUUUUCUUUGGAUUGUUUUACGUUGGAGGGAGGGGGCUUUCAAGACCAUCCAACUCUAGAAGAUUAUACUUGAAAACACUGAAUGCUACUGAUGAAUCUGCUGCCCCCUCCCCACACAACACUGAAUUGGUGAGCACCUUCGCUAUGACCUCCUGCCAUCCAAAACACUGAGGAUCUUAUUUAUACGUGAAAACAGUUUUGGUAGCGGCAGCACAACGCCCACUGUUUCUUUCUCUUUUUUUUUUUUUUCUUUCCUUGUCUUUUUGUAUACAACAUUAUCGGAAGCAGUGCCUUCCAUAAUUAUGACGGUUGUACCGUUUAAUCCAACAGCAGCAUCUGCUACAUGACGACUCUUCAACUUGUGCUGACAAAAUGGAGCGCCACAACCGCUCCUCACCCCAGGCAGCUAAAAAAUGAAUACAAAUGACUCGACAGCCAAAUGAUAUAUGAAAAAUACGGCUAGUCGGCGUCCAAAAAAUUUAAGGCAAAAAAGAAACACAAGUUCUGAUAUCAAUUAAUUGCACCACAUGCAAUUGACAACCAGAUUUUCACUGUCUACUGUGGCGUCAGUUAUCCUGGGCAGUAUGCCCCAUAAUUAAAACCCAUUAUCGGGAGCAGUGUCUCCCAUAAUGACAACAAGUGAUGGUAGUUUUUGCCUACCAGUGUGUGCGCGCGUGUGUGUGUGUUACUUUGUGUAUUUAUCGGGAGCAGUGCCUCUCAUAUUUCACUCCCAAGGGUGGAACAUGUCUUUAAAUGUGUAUUUAUCGGGAGCAGUGCCUCUCAUAUUUCACUCCCAAGGGUGGAACAACUUAUCGGGGACAGUGUUUCCCAGAGUUUUAUACUUGACAUAUUUAUUACUCUUACUGUUUGCUUUUGUUGUAGUGGUUAGGCAUGUUGUCCUGAAGAGAUUUCCUGUUUUCUUGCACUUGGUUUAGAUCUUAAGAAUCCAUUUAAAAUAUGGAAAUGAGUAAUCGUUUUCAUGCUCCAGCAUUUAGAAUUACUGACUGUCACCAUACAUUUACAUGUCCUGUCUAAAAAAAGUAAUUUGUAAAAUGGGAGGGCAGAGCAAGUUUAGUCUGUGUAGUUUUUGUUGUACUUACAACAGAGGAAAAAAUGUCAAUGUAUAUUUUUGUUUUCCUGAUAUUGGUGUUUCCAUAUCUGACCAAGAUGAUAAAUAAACCCCUCAGCUUUGCA